AUGGACGUGGACGAGCCCGGAUACAUCCCCACCAGCACAAGCGCAAGCAAAGGGAAAGGCAAAGCGCCGGCCGACAGUGAGGAUGCGAAGGAGGGGGAUAACUUGCCUUGGGUGGAGAAAUACCGACCAACCCAUUUGGAUGAAUUGAUCUCCCAUAAGGAUAUCAUUUCGACAAUAACGAGAUUCAUCGACGAAAACCGCCUCCCCCACCUCCUCUUCUACGGCCCACCGGGCACGGGGAAGACGUCGACGAUCCUGGCGUGUGCGAGGCGAUUGUAUGGGACGAGAUAUCGGUCGAUGGCUUUGGAGUUGAAUGCAUCAGAUGAACGCGGGAUCGAUGUCGUGAGGGAUCAGAUUAAGACUUUUGCUAGUACUAAGCAGAUAUUUAGCUCGGGGUUCAAGCUGAUCAUUCUGGAUGAGGCGGAUGCUAUGACGCAGACUGCUCAGAAUGCUUUACGGAGAGUGAUAGAAAAAUACACCCGCAACGUCCGCUUCUGCAUCAUCUGCAACUACGUCGGCAAGAUCAUCCCCGCCCUGCAGUCGCGAUGCACGCGGUUCAGGUUUGCCCCGCUGAAGGAGGAUCAGAUACUGGGGAGGUUGGAGCAUGUUAUUACUCAGGAGGGGAUCAAUAUGACGGAAGACGGCCGGAAAGCUCUCCUCAAGCUGUCCUUGGGGGACAUGCGGCGCGCGCUUAACAUCCUGCAGGCAACACACGCAGCCUUCAACCCAAUAACCGAAUCCUCGAUCUACCUCUGCACGGGCUCCCCGCUGCCCUCGGACAUCCAGCGGAUUGUGAACUGGCUGUUCAAUGAGGAGUUUACCACGUGUUAUGAGAACAUCCAACGCCUCCGCACAACCCACGGCCUAGCCCUCGCCGACAUCCUCACUGAGAUCCACGAAACCAUCGCCGUGCUCGACAUGCACCCCGCCGUCCGGGUUCUGUUGGUGGAUCGCCUGGCGGAGAUUGAGUAUAACCUGGCGACGGGGUGUGCGGAGCGGAUGCAGUUGGGCGCGCUUGUGGGCGGGUUUAAGUUGGGGGUGGAGGUUGCUGAGAGGUUGAGUGGGUAG